AUGCGCUCGCUAUGGAUCGAGCGCAUCAACGCCGGCACUCGUCAGCACGGGGUGAACUAUGGAAAUUUCAUGCAUGGAUUGGUGAAGGAGAAUAUUCAGCUGAACAGGAAAGUUUUGUCCGAGAUAUCAAUGCACGAGCCGUACAGUUUCAAGGCCUUAGUUGACAUCUCGCGCAGUGCCUUCCCUGGAAAUAAGGCGAGCGCAUCUUCCAAAAAGGUCGGCUUAGCAUCUCUCGUUUAA